GGCAAGACGUUGUUUCUUUCCUCUUUUGUGAGUGAGCGGUAGUGCAGGGGCAGUGUAGUACUUCAAACGUGCUGGUUUUAUUUUAGUUGACUACAGUGUUUAGCGUUAACAAAGGCCAGGCAAUGGCAGACAAGAUGGAUAUGUCCUUAGACGACAUUAUCAAGCAAAACAGGCAGCGCGGGGGUAGCGGGCGCGGCGGGAGAGGAGGUCGCGGCGGCCGCGGAGGCACAGGCGGCCGAGGAGGUGGCGGCGCCGGUGGACGGCUCGGAAACACAGGCGGAGGCUUUGGAGGCCGCGGCGGGGGAUCGGGCCCCAUGAGGAACCGCCAGAACCUGAGCCGCGGAAGAGGCAGACCUACGCCGUACAGCAGGCCCAAGCAGCUCCCAGACAAGUGGCAGCAUGACCUGUUUGACAACGGCUACAGUGCGAACGCCGGAGGAGGUGGCGGUGGCGGCGGCGGAGCUGGCGUGGAGACGGGAGGAAAACUCCUCGUGUCCAAUCUUGACUUUGGCGUCUCGGAUGCAGACAUUCAGGAGCUCUUCGCAGAAUUUGGCACUCUAAAGAAAGCGGCAGUACAUUACGAUCGGUCAGGACGCAGCCUUGGCACUGCGGAUGUUCACUUUGAGAGGAAAGCAGACGCCCUGAAAGCCAUGAAGCAGUACAACGGUGUUCCCCUUGACGGUCGCCCAAUGAACAUUCAGCUUGUUACAUCACAGAUUGAUGCACAGAGGCGGACUCCGAUGCAGGGUCUAAAUCGUGGAGGUGGUGGCAUGAACAGAAACAGAAUCGGAGGCUUUGGCACACAGAAAGGUCGUGGGGGACGCGGCGGCGGUGGUGGUGGUGGUGGCGGCGGUGGAGGAUCCAGAGGCCGGGGUCGAGGCGGUCGUGGCGGCGGCAGCAAACAGCAGCUCUCUGCUGAAGAGCUGGACGCCCAGCUAGACGCCUACAAUGCCAGGAUGGAUACCAGCUAAAUACCAAGAUAUCAAGCUGCAUUCCCCACUGUUCCUACACGGGAGAGUGGUCAUCGUUGUUAUAGCUUUGAACAUGCCGGAUGUUUUACACUCACGUCUUCAAAAGUGAUUUAAAUUUGUGUAACAAACUUUCUCCUUUUAAAAUGCUCAUGUUUUUUACCUACCUUGUUUUAUUUUUGUUUUCAGUUUUUUUUGAGAAAACUGGUUGGACUGUAGGAUUUUAAGGGAUGUGCAUAUCUUAACCAUCCUUAUGUAGAUCAUUGAAAUAAAAACCUGCAGUAUUUAGUAACCACA